AGACGGUCCAGCGCUGCGUGGGCCAUGGUGCAGCUCCGGCCGCGGGCGUCGUGCACCCCCGCGGAGGCGGACGCGAUGGUGGAUGAGGGGCAGCCGGCUUCGGAGGAGGUGGCGGAGCACGGCCUGCUGCUGGGACAGCCCAGUAGCGGCGCGGCCGCCGAGCCGCUGGAGGAGGACGAGGAAGGGGACGAUGAGUCUGACGACGAGGCCCCGGAGGAGCUGACUUUCGCCAGUGCCCAGGCGGAAGCGAGAGAAGAGGAGCGGCGAGUGCGAGAGACCGCGCGCAGGGAUAAAAUUCUCCUGAAGGAGAAGAGGAAACGACGCGAGGAGCUGUUCAUCGAACAGAAGAAAAGAAAACUCCUUCCAGAUGCUGUUCUAGAGAAGCUAACUACAACUUCCCAAACUAACAUAAAGAAGUCACCAGGAAAGCUGAAAGAAGGUACGACCCAUCGAAGUAACUUGUCGGUUGAUUUGCAGAAGAAACAUGAAGGCCAUGACAAAGGAAGUGACUCCAAGAAAGCUGGCACACAGAAAGUACAGCCAGGCAGCCAGAACAAAAGCUACGUGGCUCUAAGACUCAAAGACCAAGAUCUGAGAGACGCAAGGCAGCAGGCAGCCAAAGCCUUCAUACAGAAUUCUUUGUAUGGUCCGGGAACCAACAGAAUGACUGUCAAUAAGUUCCUGUCUCUUGCCAACAAGAGGUUGCCGGUGAAAAGGGCUGCAGCCCAAUUCCUGAACAAUACUUGGGGAGCCCAGAAAAAACAAAAUGCCAAGAGAUUUAAAAGACGGUGGAUGUUCAGAAAGAUGAAAGCGUCUGGGAGAGUAAAUGGCAGCUAAAUAAAGAAUCAAUACUUUUUAUGUAUAGUAUACAGUUAUUUUAGAGGAUUAUUUUUUUCUGAAACUAAUAAACCAUUCAUAGUUCAUUUUAAGGGGUCGUUAUAAAAAUCAUAAAUCUAUUUGUCUGGGGAAGUAUCUGGCCACAUUUCAUCCUUUUGGAGUACAGUCACGCCUUGUAGUCUUUGGAGGUCCUGAAAGAAAAACUAGUUUAAAAGGACCUGUUUUCCUUUCUUCUUAGAAGUGUUUACCCAUUCAGUGAAAUACAAGCACUACCCACCCCAGUAGCACCACCUGUCCGCCCCUCCGCACCAAGGUGUGGGUGGAAAAGAGACGGCUCUCCGGGAAGAGUCUUCAGGCGCAGCUCUCAGCUGCCUUACUCUCGGGUGUCGUAGUGCUCUUAAUGAAAAUUUGUUUCACAGACUGUUGCUUGAUGUUACUGAGUAGCCUCAUGGAAUAAUAAAAAAGAAUUAUGAAUGAGUGCCAAAUCUAAAAACAGAAAUAAAUACUCCCUUUAGAGAAGGUUCAAGCCUCAGUGUAGAAAACAGCCAGUAUCUCCAUUACCAAAUCAAACGUAUACAGUUCUCUUCUUGAGCAGCUUGUUUGCUUGACUGGCAAGUCUCACAGUCCAUAUCGUGACUAUGAAAGUAAUAAACAAGGAAAUUAAUUUCCUGUUGCUUCAUAGUAUCA